UGGUGAGCCGCGAGUCCUCGGUGUACGCAGUGGGUCGGGGCAGUAGAGCAGCACGAGCUGGGGGAGGAGCGAGCAGACCUCGUCGUUGGAUGGGGUUAGCCCCGGGAGCGCGGCCGGCAGGCUGAGGUUGUAACACAGAAUUCUGAUAUCCAAAGAAAUGAGAAAAACAUUGAGAAAUAGUAAUGGCAACAUGAAGAUAUCUAAAAUUGCCUAUCCAUUGGGACUGUUUGUAUGUCUGUUCAUAUAUGUUGCAUAUGUAAAAUGGCGGUGGGCCUUUGCUACCCAAAGAAUCUUCAGCAUAACAGAGACUGCUGUGGGGACAAGAAGUCAACAAUACCAUGAGAAAUCUAUGGCAACUAAUCAAGCAGUAUUCUACGGAAUUAUGUUUGAUGCUGGAAGCACUGGAACCCGAAUACACAUCUUUAAGUUCACCCAAACUUCAAAAGAAACUCCCACUUUGACCCAUGAAACAUUCAAAGCACUGAAGCCGGGACUUUCUGCUUAUGCUGAUGAUGUUGAAAAGAGCACUCAGGGAAUACAAGAACUAUUGAAUGUUGCUAAAGAAGAAAUUCCUUUUGAUCUGUGGAAGGUCACACCUUUGGUUCUUAAGGCAACAGCUGGUUUGCGUUUGUUACCAGGUGAAAAGGCUCAAAAGUUGCUACAGAAGGUAAGAGAGGUUUUCCAGGCAUCUCCUUUCCUUGUAGGAGAUGACUGUGUUUCUAUAAUGAAUGGAACUGAUGAAGGAGUCUCAGCAUGGAUCACGGUAAACUUUUUGACAGGCAAUUUAAACACUCCCGGAAAGAACAGUGUAGGCAUGCUGGAUUUGGGAGGUGGAUCAACACAAAUCACAUUUCUUCCAAAAAUUGAGGUCACCCUUCAGACAUCCCCAGCUGGAUAUAUAACUUCAUUUCAGAUGUUCAAUAGUACCUACAAGCUAUAUUCAUACAGCUACUUGGGACUCGGUUUGAUGUCAGCAAGGCUUGCAAUCUUAGGAGGAGUAGAGGGAAAACCUGGGGAUCACUUAUAUGAAUUGUGCUCUAAGAAAGUAUCAGAAAUCCUUCAUAAUAAAGUGCAUAAAACUGAAGAAGUCAAGAACUUGGAUUUUUAUGCUUUUUCUUACUAUUAUGAUCUUGCAGCAAAAGUUGGUCUCAUAGAUAAUGAGAAAGGAGGCAGUCUCACAGUUGAAGACUUUGAAAUUGCAGCAAAAUAUGUUUGUAGAACCAUGGAAAUUAACCCUCAAGAAAAUCCUUUUAUUUGUAUGGAUCUUACCUAUAUUAAUCUGCUACUUCAAGAAUUUGGGUUUCCGAAAACCAAAGUGUUUAAGCUGGCUCGGAAAAUUGAUGACAUCGAAACAAGUUGGGCUCUGGGAGCCACUUUUCACUACAUUGAUUCAUUGAACAGACAACAGAACAAAGUCUCAUAGUGCCUGAGACCUUAAUACGAGCCUUAGUUUGGAGAACAUUGCCAAGCCCAUUAUGAGCAGAGCCCCCAAGCACCUUAAUAAGGGGUUAGUGAUCUUACUCGGGAUCUUACUCCACAAAAGUUGCUACAGUCUCCAUGAGAACCCAACACCUUUGUGGAAUAGAUGUGACUCCAUCUUCUAUAGAACAGCACUUGGGAACAGUUUGGUGAACAGCCAAGCAAACAUUUCCCAACUGUGUUCACUAAAUCCUAAUUUAUUAUGAAUUAUGAAUUGAUUUUUAACAAAGACUUCACUAUUUAUGUUUUGGACAGUUUCUAUUGGUGCAUUGUGUUGCCUUUUCAGUGCUGACCCCUAGUACACCUACAGUGACGUUAAUGUGUGGGCGAUAGGCUGCUUUGUUUUAUUCAGCUCAGAAUGCAUUUUCAGUCCAGUUUUGAAGUUGUGCGACUUGUUCAGUGUCCAUACAACCUAUACUUGAUGGUAAGGCAGACUUCUAUAGCCCUACUAGAGGAGAUAAGUGAUGUAGGUGCUUUGCUUGUACUUAACGGAUUCUUUUGUCUGUCACUAGUUUUGUGUGGACAGAAGAAUGAUGUGAGCUAAGUUUAGGCCAGUUUUCUUCAGUCAGUAAGUGAUAGGCCCUUCCACAAACUGGCCAGAAAGUUGUGAAAAGGAAGGUUCACUGACUGAUCCCCACAUUUUUCAGCAUUUCUAGUACUGUGAAGAUCCACCCUCAUGGCACAUAGGUUAUGUCCAUUCCAUACUUCUGUUCUUGCCUUCUUGCUAUCCAUGGUGACUUUAACUUCUCCAUCCAUUCCUAGGAGAAGUUGAUGAAGAGGUAGCAUACAAUUUGAUGAAUUUAUCUACUCUCUGUUAAACAAAAUCUAAAUUGAGCCCCACUAGGAUAAACUAAUCCUGGAGGUGUGCUACUGUGAACCUUAGAAUUAAAAUUCUUUAUCUCUUCAUGUAUAUUCAAAUUCCAUUUUUCCAGAGACUUGUCCUGGUAAAUGCUUAGAAAGUUUGGUUGGGAUUUACUUCUUUCUUCAUCAGAAGAGUUGUCACUGUGAUUGCAAAUGUAUCUCCUAUCUCCAGGAAAGACACCAUGGAAGAUGGUAGAAUCGCAACUUAUGUGCCUCUGGCUACGAAAACAUUUAAUGAUGAAUAUAAUUCUGGGCAUUAAUGGAUAUAAAUAUAUUUCUUUUUCCCCCAAAAUUCUCCACGUGAAGGAUCACUGAAUUUUCAGGCUUUUUGAAUGCCCUUCCCCCUCCUCUGAGCAUUGUCUUCCUUGUCCAAAUGAAUGUAUUUCUGCGUUGAGCCAAGGUUGCAGCCAAGCUGAGUGGUAACUGGAAUGGCAUCAGUGCUCUAAGGAGGGAAAUCAAAAGAAAUGUUUUGAAGCGGCAAAUACUGAUCCUGUGAAAACUGUUCUGCUCCUUCUGAAGCUGGACUUGAGUACCCAAAAGUUCCCCUCCACUUUUCCUGAAGUUACAGACAGAAUAGAGGAUAUUUGUUAACAUGCAGUGGCAUUUCAGGUACUAAUACUAACUCACCUCAGUGAUCUCCAAGCGUCUAACUCUAAACUACCUCCAUGGUGCUGUCCUCUGUAUACCAGUCACCUACAAUUUAUGGUGGAGGAGACACUGUACUUGUUCUGCCAAAACAGUUUAGGUACUCAUCAGUCAUUUCCUAAAAACCAUCUGUGCCCAUAAAUACCCAAAAUGCUACGUGUUUUAUGUGCUCCCAAAAAUAAAAACAUU